AUAACGCACGGGAACUUCCGCAUUACUCAAUUGCGGUUUCUCUUCAAUCUACACAAAAUAUGAUUAGACUUUGUCACUGACGGUUUGUGUAUAUGGGGACUGAUCAGUGUUUUAACGUUCCGAGAAGUCAGUCUCUAUUCCAAGUGGAGAUUUCCCUUGCAGUCCGUGAUAUCACGACAAUUCAACCUAAGUAUCAUUGGUAAUGUGCUGUACACACUUACAAAGUACGGACUAGGGACCGUGUAACAAUGCUGUCUCUUCACUUUAUUUCAUGAAACACGCGUUUAUGGAAAAAAAUUCCCGACUUGGCACGACAUUUAAUUCCAUAAGUAUGCAUAAUACAUACAGGUAUUUGCACCCACAGAGAAAAAGUAGGAGGUCAGAUAUUUUCCAUGGCAUUCUUGCUGCACACAUCUUUCCAUCGUUGGCCGACGUAUUGACGGAGCCUCUAGGAGGUACGGACGACUUCGGCCCCCUAGACCUCUCUCUACGAAACAAUAUGGAGGAGACGGCGACAGAUAUCUAUCAGAGAGGCUUAGCGGAGGAAGACUUCCUCAACCCAGAUGCCAUGGAGAUUGAACAGAGCGGAUUAAGUGGAGAAAAUGAAACCGAUAUCCAGGAACUGUCAUCACCAGGAGAUUUAUUGAUACCACUACCUAUGUGGUCAGACGGAGAUGAUAAAUUCGACGACAACUGCGAGGUUGGACUUGUAGAGUAUGAGAUUAUGGCGUCUAUAGACAACACAGAACCUCCUUGUUACCCACACAGUCCGGGGUCAGUGGGGGAUAUGUCCGACUACAGUUCAGACUGCAGUGUGGAACCCGGACUUGAGACGUAUACACCACAAACAAUGAUAGAAUUAGAAAAGGUUGAUGUUUGCUCACAUAUGCCUGACACCAUCAUCCCAAAGGUGAAGACUGAACCCCAGAACCUACCAGAUGAUUCUGUUUUUAAACCGUAUUACUACAGUAAUGGUUAUGAGGAAAAUGACAGCAAACGAGAUGUGAUGGAUUUAGUGGAUACAUAUGACGAGGACGAUUCUAAUAGCGACAGCUCUGUCAAAUCUGUAGACAAACAGAAACGGAAACGGCCUGGCAGAAAGAAAGGACAAACCUCCAGUGUUUAUCAUCUGUGGGAAUUUAUCCGAGACCUUCUUCAGAAUCCAGACUAUUGUCCAAAGAUCAUCAAGUGGGAGGAUGAAAAUGAAGGUAUAUUCCGAGUCCUCAAAUCCACAGAGGUUGCCAAGGAGUGGGGAUCAAUGAAAAAGAACAAGACAAAAAUGACAUAUGAGAAGUUGAGCAGAUCUUUGAGGUAUUCUCGAAAAGAAGGUUACUUUGACGACAUACCAAAAGACAGAGGGUUACCAAAGAAGUUGUGUUUUAAGUUUGGCCCAAAAUCUCACGGCUGGAAGCGCAGCACGUGAAAGGGUGCGAGUGAAAUUUUACCACAAAAAGGCCGAUAUCAGUGAUGUAUAAAAGUCUUUUGUUGUCGAGUUUUAUUAAGACACCUUUCCCCCUGUGAUACGGUUGGUGUUGUUACAUGCUGCAGUGAUGAAAAAUCUAAUAACUGAUUACGAAUGUGUUCGGACACCUAUGUAAUAUUUGUGUCAAUGUCCUGUUCCUGAAGAACAUUUGUACCUAAGAUCUCGGUAUCAACGAUCAGUAUCAACUUCCGGUGCCUUAGCAACAUUUGUACCUUAAGAUCUCGGUAUCAACGACCAGUAUAAAUUUCUGGUACCUCAGCAACAUUUUACCCAAGAUCUUGGUAUCGUUGAUUGGUAUCAAUAUCCGGUGCCUCAGCAACAUUUGAACCUAGAUCUCCGAAUCAGCGAUCACUUUCAAAUUCUGGUACCCCAGCAACAUUUCUACCUUAGAUCUUGGUGUCAGAGAUCGGUAUCAACUUCCAGUGCCUUAACAUUCGUUUUACCUAAGAUCUCAGUAUCAUUCAUCACUGCAAAGUAUACUGUAUGUUUACAACAUUUUCGGACGGCAUGUUAUUCACACUAACAGGAGGAACUUUUCAUGAUCUCUUGACUGUUGUAUAUUCCCAUGACUAGUGUGGGAGUAAAAUGAAGUGAGUGGGAAUGAGUUGAAAUAUGCUUCGUUAUUUAACAGGUGGGACAGUAGCUUAUUACGAACUACAGUAAAAGCUUAGUCCCAUUACCUUCUGGAUGAGGGCUGUGGCAGCAUUUUUGUGAUUUUAGAUGGUGCGUCAGUAUGAUAUGGAUGUCGUUACAUAAGUAGGUAUGAAUCGGUAUGGAUGUCUUUUUAUUGUUAUAACAUGUAUAUCAAAAUAAGGAAGAGAGAAAUAUUGUGUGUUCGAGAUUUGAGGGAUAUACUUGUAUAUGUGUACUGGGAAACCACCAUACAUUAUCGAACAUGAAUGCAGAGAAAGCUCUAGGCCACCCCUACAUUACAAACUAUGAACUAUGUACGAGAACCUUGAUAUAAAGACCAGCAAUUGAUAAAAGUCUCUGCUCACUUAGGUGGCCUUUAUGGACAGGAUUGUACUUAAUGAUUGUUUAACUGUCACUUUUGUUUGACACAUUUACCAUGUCAUGACGUUAACCUGUACAUUUUGUAUAUAGACAAUUAAACACUGGAACACAACACUGACGGUAUAUGGUCUAUUACAAUGUACAAUAUCUACAGUGUUGUUGUAAAUACUAUCUUACUGCAAAAGAAUAUUAAUUCAUGUUAUUACAUACAUACUAAUAAAAAAUGGCAGUUGUUCUAUACGGACAGCGGUUCAGUAAUUUAAUAUCUUUAGCAGCUAUUUUGUCAGCAAUAUUUCCGUGUACAUGGAUCAUACGUAUUGGCCAACUUUCGGAAUCAAAAUAUCUCUAUGAAUAAUUCUAUAAUCAAUACCGAUAUUAUUUCUCUAUUAUAUCAACUCUCCCUGCCUUGGGACGUAGUAACCCUCGGGCUGGUAUAUUAGUCACAGGUUGACAUUGAUAGUACAUAGUACUAUCUCAAGUCUUGUUUGUUAUGUGUUGAAGAUAUUUUCUGACAAUAUAAUCAUAUUGAUAUAUCAAACUGUAGGUACAUAGUACUUUAUACAGUAUAGUUUGUAGUUUGUUGUAAAUAUUGUCCAUCACACGGAAUAUUAAUAUACUAAUAAGUAGUUGUUACAAUGCACUUGUUAUUAAUUGUACUGUCAUAAUUUCAUUCUUACACGUACUAUAUUUUUAUGAAAAAGAUUAACGCCUUUUAAUCAUCAAAAUGAGCUCUGUAGAUAUUAUGUUCAUCAAAGAAGAAUUUUAAUAAUUAAAGAGCCCUAAUAUCUUUUAAAGCCAAUCAAAUGUUUACUGUUUUUUAAAUAAAGAUAAAUCUUA